AUGUUGAUGCCACGACAGUCUUCAUAUCCGCAGCAUCCGAUGAUGCAGCAGCAACAGCAACAACAAAUGCAAGGGCAGCAACAGGCUCAAUACGAUGCCCAAUACGCUGCUGCACAGAUGCACAUGCCUCCGCAACCAUCACAGCACCUCAUCUCAUCUUUGCAGCAUUGCGUAUCAUCCGCCGCGAGCUGUGUUCAGACCAUGAAGGAGGCGAUCGACACACUGGAGUUUGCGAUUCAAGACCAUCCACGACUCAUGACUGUACUCAAAUCUCAACGCCACUUCGACCUUGUCUCGCAAAGAGACAUUGAAAGCGCCCGAGAGCACGUUGCCACUGAAGUCCGACCUUACGUCGAAGAGCUCUGUCGCAGGGCAACAGCCGAAAUCCAACGUCAAGAUCGUCGUGCAGUCGCACUCAAGAACAAGUACGAAGCUUUGCAACAAAGGAUCCAAAACAUUCGCUCUAUUGACCUACACCAGUCCAAGCUAACCUCAGCAGCGGCGGAAGAGAGCAAGGAAAAGGAGGCCGAGACGGAAGAGAAAAGGCAGGCGAGGGAAGAGCUUCAAAACCAACAGAGAACAAUGGCACAGUUGAAGGCCAGGAAGGAAGCCCUGUUAGCGAAGGCAGACGAGUUGGAGAGCGAGGCUGGCAUGUCUUAG